AUGCUUUCUAGCAGCGUUUGCAAGCUUUCGGUCAGAAACAUUUACUUACAUAAGGGACCAAGAGUAGCUGGACUCAAGAGAGAUCCCCAGGAAGUGUUUGUAACCCAAGGAGGUGCCAAAUACGAGCAGUCCGAGACCAACUUGAAGCAUAUCAAAGACUUCUUGACAGAAAAAUACUCCAUAGACGAUGACUUGGCUCUCCAGGUGUUGACCCACAAGUCGUUUGGAAACGGCAUAAAACCAUACAAUGAAAAAUUGAGUGCCAUGGGAUCCAAGAUCUUGAACUUGUACUUCGCCAAGUUUGUUGUCGAGAAGCCUUCGCAAAACGAAUUGGCAAUUAACGGCAAGAACUUGGACGUCUUGGGCACACCAAUUGCCAAAGAGUUAGCAGGAAGAUUGUCUCUUGGAAUCUUUGCCAGGACGAACAACUUGAAUCUGACUAUGUUCUGGAAGUCUUAUAAUUAUGGAGUCGGAUUCGAAACAAGUGGGGAAAUGAAGGUGUCGGCUCAGAUGAUGUAUGCCUUGGUCGGAGCCGUGACGUUUGUGCACGGAAAGAAGGUCGCCGAACAGUUCAUCUCCGAAAAGUUAUUGGGAGCCAGUCCUUCCAUCGAAGACAUCACUAGUUCUGUAGUUGAAAAGGCUCAGCAGAAUUAG